GGCUGGGGCCGCGGAGCGGAGCCGCUCCCCGUGCCCCCGCGCCCGAGCACUCGCCCCGCUCGCGGUCUUCCCGGGCUGGAGGCGGGAGGGCUGAGCGCGCGCGGCGCCGCGGCGGGUCCCGGGGAGCAGGGGCCCCGGACGCCUAGCGGCUCGAGCGGUUCGGGGCGCGCCGGAGGUCCCGGAGGAGGACUGGAGAUGUCCUGUCCGUGCCGCCUCCUGCUCACCUACCUGUUCCCGGCCCUGCUGCUCCACGACUGGACGCAGCUUCAAGGCGCAGGGGACUUCUGAUAGCCAAGGUGUGAUCAUGAAAACCAGUCUCGGCUGGGAGAGGGUUCUGCCCUCCUUCAUCCAGAUAGCAGAUCACAUCCUAGAUCCUUAGAGAAAAGUGCCUGGAGGGCGUUUAAGGAAUCACAGUGUCAUCACAUGCUCAAACAUCUCCACAAUGGAGCAAGGAUCACUGUGCAGAUGCCACCUGCGAUCGAAGGCCACUGGGUGUCCACUGGCUGUGAGGUGAGGUCGGGCCCAGAGUUCAUCACAAGGUCUUACAGAUUCUACCACAAUAACACCUUCAAGGCCUACCAGUUCUACUAUGGCGGCAACCGCUGCACCAGCCCCACCUACACGCUCAUCAUCCGAGGCAAGAUCCGCCUGCGCCAGGCCUCCUGGAUCAUCCGCGGGGGCACGGAGGCCGACUACCAGCUGCACAGCGUGCAGGUCAUCUCCCACACGGAGGCGGUGGCCGAGAGGCUCAGCCAGCUGGUGAACCGCACGUGCCCCGGCUUCGUCCCCGCCGGAGGUGCCUGGGUGCAGGACGUGCCCUACGACCUGCUGCAGGAGGAGGACGGCUGCGAGUGCACCAGGGCCGUGAACUUCGCCAUGCACGAGCUGCAGCUCCUCCGCGUGGAGAAGCAGUACCUGCAGCACCACCUGGACCGCCUGGUAGAGGAGCUCUUCCUUGGCGACAUCCACACCGAUGCAGCCCAGAGGACGUUCUACCGGCCGUCCAGCUACCAGCCCCCCCUGCAGAACGCUAAGAACCACGACCAUGCCUGCAUCGCCUGUCGAAUCAUCCACCGGUCGGAUGAGCACCACCCUCCCCUCCUGCCCCCCAAGGCUGACCUGACCGUGGGCCUGCAUGGCGAGUGGGUGAGCCAGCGCUGUGAGGUGCGGCCCGAGGUCCUCUUCCUCACGCGCCACUUCAUCUUCCACGACAACAAUAACACCUGGGAAGGGCAUUACUACCACUACUCGGACCCUGUCUGCAAGCAUCCCACCUUCACCAUCUACGCCAAGGGCCGCUACAGCCGCGGCGUGCACUCCUCCAGGGUCAUGGGGGGAACUGAGUUUGUGUUCAAAGUGAAUCACAUGAAGGUCACCCCCAUGGAUGCGGCCACGGCCUCGCUCCUCAACGUCUUCAACGGGAAUGAAUGUGGGGCUGAGGGCUCCUGGCAGGUGGGCGUCCAGCAGGAUGUGACGCACACCAAUGGCUGCGUGGCCCUGGGAAUCAAGCUACCUCACACGGAAUACGAGAUCUUCAAAAUGGAGCAGGACGCCCGCGGCCGCUACCUGCUGUUCAAUGGCCAGAGGCCCAGCGACGGGUCCAGUCCCGACAGGCCCGAGAAGAGAGCCACGUCCUACCAGAUGCCCUUAGUCCAGUGCGCGUCCUCUGUGUCCCGGCCCGAGGACUUCUCCUUCUCCGAGGACCACAGGGCUCAGCAGUACAGGAGCCGGGCGCCUGGGAGGAGCGCCUGUCCCCGGCGGCUUGCUGCGCUUGCCUGCCUUUUGACUCUACUGCACUGGAACAGCCUCAGAUAGACAUGUUUUCCAAGUUCUAUUUGAUCCACACCAGGUUUCCUUGCAAUUGGCAGUUUUUUCCUUAGGAAAAGCAAGGACGCUGCUGCCGAUGCACUUGAGUGCCCGAGAACUGUCCUGCCCUUUCUCCUCGCCUCGCCCCCUCCCAGCCGGAGUCAUGAGCAGCUCUGUUUGAAGUUCCUGCUUUGAACUCUGUCCAGUCGGGGCCCUGGUCUGGGCGCCUUCACAGUAGUAAUUGCACUUUAAGACCGCAGAGCGUUUGGUGGAGGGAGCAGGGGGCGAGCGAGGCCCGCUUCUUUUCUUCCUCUUAAUUAUGCUUCGGUUUCUGAGGGGAACUUAGAAGAAGUGAAUAGCAAGCUACAGCUUUUUAUUGUGGUUGCUUCCUGUCCUCCUUUGAAGGUGUUUCCUCUCGGCGUUUUACAGCCUGGAAUCCGGCAGAGGGUUGUUGGUUUGGGACUGCAAACCAGACACUUUUUAUUAAUAAAGAAGAGACUUGGGUGUAGAUAUGUACAUAGCAAAAGACCCACGAUUUACCUUAACCACCUUGACAGCCUUGAUGCAAAAAAGGAGAGCAUCCAAACUUUCUGAUGUUGAGUGGAAAAGUACCUGUAAUUAAAGUUUCAAAGUAAUUUAAACUAUUGUGGUUUUAGCUCGUUGGGAACAGAGAUGGUGGCUAGACGCUGUUUUCUGGGCGGUUGGGGAAUGCUUGCUGCUGUCCUACCUGCUAAGGAGACAAGGGCAGCCGGGCAAAUAUGGAAAGCGGUCCUGUUACCAGGCAGGAACGUGGGCUGGCGCCUGUGUUAAAUGCCACAUAAAUGAUAGAGUACCCCUGGUUCCACAGUUCCCCCUUCCUGGGACCCUCGUCUUGGCUCAGGCUGUAUCUAUCAGGGGUGAGCAGACGGUGCUUCACUCUGGCAUGUCUGCUGCCUCCGAAGAUGAGCAACAGAGACCACACAGGUGUUCGAGGGCCGGGCUGGUCAAGGAGAUGCAGUGGGAGCUUCCGAGGUGAGUGCUCCAUCAGGCCCUUGACGCGAGUGAAACCCGGACUUUGUGUAUAGGCUCCUUACCAGGGGGCAUGCCAGCUUGACUCAGUUUCUGUCCUGCCAUUACUUUGGCUCUGUCACUGCCGAGUGUCAGGUCACCUGGUACAGACUGCGAGCUGCUUUCUCACAGGCCAGGGGAGUGUGCAGGAAUCCUGUCUGCCCAUUCCUUUGCAUUAUCACAAAUGGUGCUAUCUGAACACCCCGUGUAAUUGCCAGUAGAGACUGGUGGAGGGAAAUGAUGAGUAACUGAAAUCCUGGAUGUGGCUAAAGGUGAACAUGGAAACCACGAUCGAGGUCAAGAGUCAUACUUGUAUUUAAGAAAUAAAUUUAUGAAAUGCUAUAGCAUUCGCUGUGGUGUUAAGUUACAAGGAUGGCAUGGAGUGCCAAAGUGCUUUAUCUCUAGGUUAUAUUUUAAGUUGUGGUGCAUACGAUGGGGGUUUAUUCCAAUGAAAGUACUAACUUAAUAUCUGCCAAGUUUAACAAACAAAGAUGUCAAAAAUACUCCCAGAAGAUACAGUUUACCUGUGGAUCUAUUUAAUUAAUACUAAUGCUAUCUUUAAAGGAUAUAAUAAAAUUAUGUGAAAUCUA